AUGAGUUCUUCAUCGUCUUCACGCAAGUCGCGCAGAACGACUAGCAUCUCCAACGUCAUGUACACCAACGCCGUCUACUUCCCCAACGAACGGAUAUACCAGGGCGACACACCCGGCGCCAUGAACUAUGGCUGCAUCAACCAUGUGUAUUACGCCUUUGCAAACAUCUCGCCCGACGGAGGGGUUUUUCAGGGCCACCAUUUCCUCGCUCUGUUGGCGGCUGUUCGUCUUCAUAUGCCCGAAAGUCAUUAUCUCCUUACUGCUGCGCUACCUGCCAGCCGAGCGAUCUUGCAAUACAUCGAUCUGCAACGAACGGCCGACUAUGUCGACUACCUCAAUCUUAUGGCGUAUGAUUUCGCCGGCACGUGGACACACAGAAGCGGCCAUCACGCGCAAUUGUAUGCAAUGAGCAAGGACGAAACGUCGGGCGCAUCGACCGUGCAAUAUCUCGUCUCGCAAGGCUUUCCCUCGCAAAAGAUCCUCCUCGGCAUUCCGCUUUACGGUCGCAGCUUCCUUCAUGCUACUGGGCCGGGACAGAAGUUUAAGGGAGGUGGUGGGAGCAAUGGGACAUUCGAGUACAACCAACUUCCCCGUCGGGGGACGAAGGAAGUCAUUGACAAGAAGUCUAUUGGAGCCCAAUGCGUCGGAGGGGAUGGCGGCUUCGUCACUUAUGAUAACCCCGACACGGUGAAGAUGAAGGCUGCAUUUUGCAAACAGAAGAGUCUGGGAGGGCUAUUCUACUGGAGCGGACCAGCAGACGCAAAGGAGAGCUCACGGAGUCUCAUAGCCACCGGAUUCAGAGCUCUGCAUAGUUCCUGA